AGAGCCGAAGAUGUCGGCUCGGUCAUGUGAUCAGCUGUGUCCAAUCACAGCUGAUCACAUGGAGGGGACAUCUACACUGAUCAUCAGGGCACUGAUGAUCAAGUGUGCCCUGAUGAUCAGUGUAGCCCCAGCAGUGCCACCUGUCAGUGCCUUGUGUCAGUGCUCAUCAGUGCCUUAUGUCAGUGCUCAUCAGUGCCAGUGCCCAUCAAUGCCACAUAUCAGUGCCCAUCUGAGCUGCCUUUCAGUGUCACCCAUCAGUGCCAGUCAAUGCCACCUAUCAAUGCCAAGCAGUGCCACCUAUCAGUGCUGCCAAUCAUUGCCACCUAUCAGUGCCAGUCAGUGCCGCUUAUCAGUGCCAGUCAGUGCUGCCUAUCAGUGCACAUCAGUGCCGCCUAACAGUGCAUGUCAG